AGUGUGAUCGCAAACCUUCCCUCUCUGAUGCGACAGAAUCCUUCUGAGACACUCCGGAGAGUCUUCCCAAAAGUCAGAUGUCUUCCAAGGUCCGUGAGGAUGCACACUUAUUUAUCCUGAGAGUAUGGAUCUCACAUAUGUUUGUCCAGAGGGUGUGACUCUGAGGAGGAGAACACUUACUGGACUCACCUCAGCAUCUCCUGAAGCCACCUUUUAGGAGAUGUGGAAAGUGUGUGUGAAGGGAGACAGCGUCAGGAGCAGGAAGUGUAGGUGGAAGGGAAGCCCUGCACGUUGCAGGCGUGGAGAUGCAGUUAACGGCUGCGGUAUCCUUUCUGACCAUCCUACAGGAAGAAGCGGUGUCGAUCCAUGCAUAUGCCCACUCGUUUCUCCAAGUCAUUCUCUUGCAUCUGGAGCACAGGGACGCAGGUGUCAGCAAUGCGUGGCUGGAAACUCUUCUGUCUGUUAUAGAAGUAUUGCCAAGAGAAACCCUAAGGCAUGAGAUUUUGAAUCCACUUGUUUCCAAGGCACAACUUUCCCAAACAGUUCAGUCUCGUUUGGUUAGUUGUAAAAUUUUGGGAAAACUGACCAACAAAUUUGAUGCCCAUAUCAUUAAAAGAGAAAUACUUCCCCUGGUAAAAUCACUCUGUCAAGAUGUAGAAUAUGAAGUGCGAUCUUGUAUGUGCCGGCAACUAGAAAAUAUAGCACAGGGCAUUGGGACAGAACUUACCAAAAGUGUGGUGCUGCCUGAGUUAAUAGAGCUCUCCAGAGAUGAAGGCAGCAGUGUGCGACUUGCAGCUUUUGAGACGCUGGUUAACCUGCUGGACGUAUUUGAUACAGAAUACCGGAGACCGGAUACCUUCAGGAUGUUUCUGGAGACUGGGAGUUUCAAGGGCGGGUGGCCUCAGCUGGCUGGCUUCUGCCAAAGGCCUUGGAGAAGCGGAGUGGAAGUGGGUUUGCAAAGGGAGAGAGAACAAAAGAGGCUGGCCUGCUCGAUAACAAGCUUCUUUCCCAAGAGUAACCCCAUCCCAGAUGACAGAAGUCAAACUAUACUUCCAUUAGUGAAAUCAUUCUGUGAAAAAUCUUUCAAAGCAGACGAAUCCAUUCUUAUUUCUUUAUCUUUCCAUUUAGGAAAACUAUGCCAUGGACUGUAUGGAAUUUUUACUCCAGACCAACACUUGAGAUUUUUGGAGUUUUAUAAAAAACUUUGUACAUUGGGUUUGCAACAAGAAAAUGGACACAAUGAUAACCAGAUUCCUCCCCAAAUCCUAGAGCAGGAGAAGAAAUAUAUUUCAGUACGGAAGAACUGUGCUUAUAACUUUCCGGCCAUGAUUGUUUUUGUGGAUCCUAAAAACUUCCACCUGGAGCUGUAUCCCACCUUCUUCUGCCUUUGUCAUGACCCUGAAGUUCCAGUCCGAUACACAAUUGCUAUUUGCUUUUACGAAGUGUCUAAGCUUCUGAAUUCUGGAGUAUAUUUAAUACAUAAAGAACUAAUAACAUUAUUACAAGACGAAUCACUGGAGGUACUAGAUGCUCUUAUAGAUCAUCUUCCAGAAAUCUUGGAACUUAUGUCUACUGGUGGAGAAAGCAGUGUUCAAGAAAAUAAGUUAUCCUCUCUGCCCGACUUGAUUCCCGCACUCACAGCGGCUGAACAGCGAGCUGCAGCCUCUUUAAAAUGGAGAACUCACGAGAAGCUGCUACAGAAAUAUGCCUGUCUGCCACACGUUAUUUCAAGCGAUCAGAUUUAUUAUCGUUUCUUACAAAGAAUGUUCACAAUCGUGAUGACAAACAAUGUCUUACCUGUUCAAAAGGCAGCCUCACGAACACUGUGCGUUUUUCUACGUUAUAAUCGAAAGCAAGAGCAGAGACAUGAGGUCAUUCAAAAAUUAAUUGAACAACUGGGCCAAGGAAAAAGUUACUGGAAUAGACUGCGCUUUUUGGAUACCUGUGAAUUUAUUAUAGAGAUCUUCUCCAAGGCCUUUUUCUGUAAAUACUUCUUUCUGCCUGCUAUUGAACUGACACACGAUCCAGUAGCAAAUGUGAGAAUGAAACUUUGCUACCUGUUGCCCAAAGUGAAAUCCACUCUGAAGAUUCCUGCGGAUAAGCAUCUACUUCAGCAGUUAGAAAUGUGUGUGAGAAAACUCCUAUGUCAAGAAAAAGAUAAAGACGUUCUGGCUAUUGUAAAAAGAACCGUGUUAGAGUUGGACAGGAUGGAAAUGUCUAUGGACGCCUUUCAGAAAAAGUUUUAUGAAAAAGAUCUGGUGGACCAAGAGAAGGAAAGAGAAGAGCGGCUUCUUUUGGAAAUGGAGCAACUGGAGAGGGAGAAGCAGCAGAACGACGGGAGGCCCAUGAGUGACAAAAUUUUUGAAAAGAAACGUAGAGACUCUAAGACACCGACGCAAAGCCUGCCCAAGGGCAUCCCCGUUUCUGUGCCUGGACCCUCUUCUGUCACCCCAUCGACAAGCAAAGAAAUCAAGAAAUCCAAACUGGUUCGAAGCCAGUCCUUUAAUAAUCAAGCUUUUCAUGCAAAAUACGGCAGUUUGGAGAAGUGUGCUAGUAAAAGUUCUGCAGCGGGAUAUACACCUCCUGUCUCAGGGUUAGCAAAGACAUCUGUGCUUUCAGUGACUGAUGACUCCUUCCGGACUCGUAAUGCCAGCAGCCUCCCACCAUCCUUCUCUCCCCCCAGUUCCUUGCCAAGUACCUCCCGUGGGACAGCUCCCUCGGUUGACCCCAAGGGCAGUGCCAGUAAGGACUCACAGCCUCGGAAGGCCACCUUUCCAGAAAAUCCAAUCCUUAAAUCAACUGCUUGACGGAGGAGGCAAGACAGAGCAGCUGGAAGUGACGUGACCGAGGACAGAAGCGGACGUGUGAUGCUGGGGCUUUUUUUUUAAGAUUAGUUUUUUUUCAACGAGUGGAGAAAGAGACAUAAUAGCCGCUGAUGUUAAACUUUUCAUAUUUGGAAUUAGAUUCCCUAGGAGGCAUAAUACCUAUGUUUCUUGAGUAAUAAUGUGGUUUCAGCACUCCAGUGUUACAGUGAAGUGUAAUGAAAAACAGCUUUAGGCGUCUGCUUUGACCACUGCUUGCAGCAGAGACAAGUCUGCCUUUCUUUGUGCGAGAAACCAGCUAUUUAAUUGUUCUAGAGUUUAGCAUUUGAAACAACAGUAUGAAAGUGCAAAUCAGCUGAUACUGCCUGAGCUAGAUAAUCGCUUGGAGGGAACUUGAAAAGUAAGAACGAUAUACUCCACUUUCUCUCGACUCUCCAAGCCCUGUUGUGGAAAGUCACCCUAAAGGGUACAAACAGCUGUUCACCAUUUUAGCAGUCUUGCAAUUGUGGCAGCAGUCUGUUGUACCUGGCAGUUCCCCACUUUAAAUUUGGCAAUGAAAAUUCCACAAAGAUUUCUGAUAGCUUUGAGCUAUAACUACCUUAAAAUAAUAGAUUGAUGAUUUUCUUUACAUCCAAGAAGAAUUUAUUUUAUAAAUACUUUAUUUGUUAGAUUGUAUUUGUCCUUACUUAAUUUAAAUGAUGAAUUUAGUUUGAAUCAGCUGUUACUCCAAGUUAUCAUGCUCUCGCUAUGUCAACAGCAUUUAUUUGUACCAGUGCUCAUAUUUCCAUCAAAAUUUGCCUGUGGGACAGACACAGUUCUUAACUGUAAAAUGUCAGUUCUGGAGAUAGACGGUCUGAAGCUGUUGUCAGCUUCUCUACUUCAAAAUGCAAUCAGCAUAUAACUGUAUUGAUACUAGAAAAUAUUUGUUUUUUAAAAUAUAUUGAUGUAUGAUAAAGACGAUUUACUUUGUGAAUGCAUACGCGUGUGUGGUUACUUUUUAUAAUGUGAAAUGAUGAAUUUACUCUAAAUAAAACAUAGGUUAAUGAACUGCC